GCUCUCGCGGUGUCAACAACAUCAGUGCGACAAAAACCCCCCGCCACAAUGCAAUCGUAGCAUUUCCCUCCUUUUGCUUCUUGUACAUACAUGUCUUACUGUUGUUUAUUCAGAAUCUCUUCCAAAACCUCGACUUUUGCUCAGCACAAAUGACUCUCUUUAAGCGAGACGACCCUUUCUCAUCUGAGCCUGAGGGCGCAGCCGGUGAAGAAGGCGGAACGCUGAUCACAUUCGCGCGUAUUCUGGCAUUUCUGUUCGCGGCAGUGCUGAGCUGGAUACUCUACCGCGUAAUCACGGGCGCUUGGCGGCAGUAUAAGCACAACAGCACCCAGUCCCUGUUUGGCAGACGACGCGGCGCAUACCGGAGGAUACCGACUUUGAGACUGCACAGGCCGGAGGAAGACGGAUAUAGAGACGAGGAUGAAGAGCUAGAUGUAGAUGACACACCUAGCGCGCUUCAUGGUCGUGGGAAGGGCAAGGCGAUGGAUUAUGACGUUGACGAGGGAUUUCAUGACGGAGAAAGCAGCCUGGACAUCAGACGAAGCGCAGAUGUGUGGAAGGACCUACCGGAGAGGCCUUUACCUGAUAAGCCGCUGCCCGACGUGCCGCGAGGUUGACGGGGACUGGAGGUAGUACAUACGCACUUCGAUUUGAAAACGCGUAGGCGAUCUAAGGGGUAGCACACGCUCUAGCGAAGAAGCGCUGUUGAAGCGUAAAUGGCUUUGAUGCUCUUUUUGCCAUCCACCGCAGUAGCGCAUGAUUUAGCAAAUGUCCCAUACCCUCAUCUUCGUUGGAGACGGCUCAAUCCUUGCUACGCGUGGACCUGCAAAUCUUCGCCAACCAAGCUGCUGACUCUGACACAUCACCGUGGGUUUGAAUAGUCAGCUUUAUCGAUUGCGAAUCUGUUUGUUUGGAUCUUCAGGCGGACGGAAUCCACAAGCCGAUCCUCGCUCAGAACCGUUGCUCCAUCUCGAUACCUGUACCGCAAUCAAUACAUUUACAACGUUGGCGCACAGCAAUUUAGAACGAAAGAAGCGGUCUAAACAGUGGACCAUUUGCGUGUAUGUAACAAGCCAAUUUGCAGAAACCUAACGUAAGCGGGUACCUGCUUGCUCUGUUGUCAAUAUUCUAAUUGGUUCAUCAUCAUGGCCUUCCAUCCG